AUGCUGACGAGCGUCGCUCUUUUCUGCCAGUACACGCUCCUCGCAGAUGUAGCGGGCGUAGACGGGCCGGAUCUCUUGCCGGGUCAAGUCGUCACCGGAGCGCAGCUCGCGAGCUUCAACGACGCGCACCGGUACCGGAAUGACUCCGGGGGCCACUGUCGGCUGCGCAUCUUCAUGCCGGCCGACUCGCCACACAUCAACCUUUGCAAGACCAUCAUGUCGGCCGUCGCGCAGGGAUACCCGCCGCCGACCCUGCUCAACCGGGAGGGCAAGUACAACCGUCCAGAGUGGCACUUGGCCGGCAGCCACACUGUCAAGCUCGAGAGCCUCCUGGCCGUCAUCGAGCAUCUCCUGCAGCAAACGGGCGACGACGGCGCCAACGAGUAUAACCUGGCCAUGCGCCUCGACGCCUAUGAUAUCUGGUUCCAGCUGCCGCCGUCGGUUCUCAUCGAGCGCCACCACCGGCUCAAUCGCGAGGCCGACGAGAGUGUUCGCAAGCAGUGGCAGGCUGCCCAGGGCUUCGCGACCGGCUUCCCCGUCACGUCGCCGCGGGAGUCCAUUGUCGUCACAAGUGUCAAGGACUGCCACCCGAACCGCGACUUGGGCUCCGACCCGCACUACGCGCAUUGGCCACGCCCCUCAUGCCGCCCGACUUAUACGGCGCAGGCACCGACAAGAUUCUGCCCUGGCCCUCGGACCCAGCUGGUGUUCUGUGCGCCCCAGGACGGCCACGACUCGAAGAGUAGGCGGGUCCAGGCAUUUGAGUCGUCGUCGGCUGACGGCUCGUUUGUUCCCAUUGAUUGGGACGGCGUGAGUCAAAAAGGCUCGAAGCCGUGGCACGAGGAGCUGUUUGGCGACGGCAAGGGCCAUUGGAGCUGUGAUGUUUGCUUGUCUUUCUCUUGA